UCGACUGGCACGUAAACGCUGCACUUGUAGACAUUUGUUUGAGUUUUGUUGCUUGUGUAGGUGAAACUUAGUAGUCGAUGAUUCUGCGUAAACUCCCUAGGUGUUUUGGACUUGGGUCAACAUAAAUCAAGUUUGUGCCUUUAUUUAUUGUAUACACACAAAUACCCAUUGGUAUUACUGUCAUCUAAGUACCAGUAGUAGUGAACAAGGUGGAUAUGUUUUGGAAAUGUUCGACUGAAUAACAGCGUCGCUUGCAUAUUGCCUCUAUUGAUGUAUGUCAGCAGAUUAUCAGCAGAUAUGUCAUCAAUGCUUGAUGAGCUUCAACGAAAUCUUACAUUAGCUCGUGAAGAGGCUAUGUUAGGGAAGUACGAGUCCUCAGAUUUAUAUUAUCAGUUUACACUUAGAUUAAUACCAAAAAUUAAGGCAACUAUAACAGAUCAGUUCCAGAAGGACAGGUGGUCACAGCAUGAGCUUGAAAUUAUUGCUGAAUAUGACUAUAUCAAGAGCCUGGAUAAAAUACUGACACUCAUCAAAUAUGGGACACAGGGUGACCACCCACUUUCUAUUAGACCACGUUAUCUCCAGGAUAUGCUUUCUACCAAUGAAUCAGAACCAUAUCUGUUGCGUUCUACUUCCGAUGAUGGACGAAACUGGCCACUUUCCUUGAGAAAGGAUCCUGACGUGUGGCCACCACCACCACCAAGAGAUCCUGAUGUGUGGCCAUCACCAACUCCUGUUGAGCAUAAAAUGCCACAGUCAACAAAAAAUAUCAGAAAUGCAAAGAAAGACACUGGCCGACCUACAGCACGAAGUAGCAAAGCUAAUAUUAAUACUGGCAGUAGUAGUACUUUGUCAAGAAAACCUGAUACUAAAGGUGUGAAAAAAGAUGAAAAAACGAAAGUGGGGAAGAAGGACGAAAAGAAAAUCGAAAAUAAGGAAAAGGGUGAUAAUGAGAAGGAAGCACCAGUAGAAGAAGAAAGGAAGUUUGAAAGUAGUGGUUAUGAUAGAGAUCUUGUGGAAAUGCUUGAGCAUGAUAUUUUGCAGAAAAAUCCUAAUAUCCAUUGGGAUGAUAUCGCAGAUCUUGCUGAAGCCAAAAGGUUAUUAGAGGAAGCAGUAGUAUUACCAAUGUGGAUGCCAGAUUUUUUCAAGGGAAUCAGACGGCCGUGGAAAGGAGUUCUUAUGGUUGGACCUCCUGGAACAGGCAAGACAAUGCUAGCCAAAGCUGUUGCAACAGAAUGUUGUACAACAUUUUUCAAUGUAUCAUCUUCAACUCUCACAUCAAAAUACAGAGGCGAAUCAGAAAAACUAGUGCGACUCUUGUUUGAAAUGGCUCGCUUUUAUGCACCAAGCACAAUAUUUAUAGAUGAAAUAGAUUCAUUGUGUUCAAGAAGGGGAUCAGAAUCAGAACAUGAGGCAUCACGCCGUGUGAAAUCAGAACUUUUGGUGCAGAUGGACGGCAUAAGUUCAAACAGUGAUGAGCCAGGAAAAAUAGUUAUGGUACUUGCUGCCACAAAUUUUCCGUGGGAUAUUGAUGAAGCUCUAAGACGAAGACUUGAAAAACGUAUUUACAUUCCUUUACCUACACUUGAAGGUCGUGAGGCAUUAUUGAGGAUCAAUUUGCGAGAAGUGAAACUUGACCCUGAUGUGAAUCUCAAGGAGAUUGCUGAUCAGCUUGAUGGCUAUUGUGGAGCAGAUAUUACAAAUGUUUGCCGUGAUGCAUCAAUGAUGUCAAUGAGACGCAAAAUUGCAGGGUUACGGCCAGACCAAAUUAAGCAAUUGCCUAAAGAAGAACUAGACCUCCCUGUAACAAUGCAAGAUUUCCAGGAAGCAUUAGCGAGAUGUCAUAAAAGUGUCUCCAAAGAAGAUAUUAAGAAGUUUGAGAAAUGGAUGGAUGAGUUUGGUUCCACAUGAUGGAAACUCAUGUAACCUUGUUUGGCUACAGAAUAAUUGGUGAUGUACAUCUUCUGUAACAUAACUAUUCUGUCAAUGGGUUUGAGUGCCAAUUGCCAAUAUCUGAGAGGUGUUCUGCAUUACAAGUUAAAUGUAACCACAUUAAUAAAACAACUUAAGGAUGCAUCUGUUCCAACACAUACAAUAAUGUUUCAGUAAAUGUUAAAUUUGUCAGCUGCAAAAUUUGAAAUAAAUUUAUUUUAUGAUUAA